AUGCAGCAUCUACUAGAUUACAUGCCAGAGGAUCUGCCAGUUAGAGACACAGAUUCGAGUCCUCUGUUGAAAGGGACUUCAGGUAAGAAUGUAAAGACCCAGCCACACUUGGACAGGAUGAACCAAAAGGAACUGAACUACAGACGCUUUCACCUCCAUGAAGAGCCCAUGUUGGUGAAGGAACUUUCUCCAAAGCAACGAGAUAAAAGCAGAAGGCGAAGGACGAACGUGCAGCGUUCCACCACUACCCAACCGGACCUACGGACACUUGGUGUGCUCCAGGAGCCUGCGAGGCGCAGGCGGUCGUGGGUCUCAGCAUCCCCGCGCCCCUCGGCGCCCCUGCGUUCCCCGGUUCCAGGGAGGAAAGCGCAUGUGCAGCGCCAGUGUCCCUCGACUGCGGUAGGCGGUGCACAGCCUCGAGUCCACGCAGGAGGCAGACUCCCCCACACACCUGGGCCAAAUGGCAGGCGCAGCCAUACAGCCCCUCCUGCAUUUAAAGAAUACGUGAUGGACAAAACCACCAGAAUCGAAAUAACCAGUGAGCCCAGUCAACUUACCCACAUUAUGACUACUGAUUCUACACAUGUGGAAGAGAUCCCCAGAUCUCCUGAGAAAACAUCCAAAGUUGAAAAGCUUGAACAGAGAAGCUCACAGGAGCGCACUCAGAAGGCUGCAGAGCUUCGAGCUUCCAUUAAGGAGAACGUGGAGCUGAUUCGCCUUAAGAAGCUCUUAUACGAGAGGAGUACCUCGCUGGCAGCCACAGAAGCCCAACUGACUCGCGUGCAAGAGGCAUAUGAAGACUUGCUUCAGAAGAAUCAGGGAAUGUUGGAUACAGCCCAUAAUGCCUUCCUCAGCCAAGUGAAUGAGCUCAAGGCAGAGCUGAGUGAAGAGAGCAAGAAGGCUGUGAGCUUGAAGACCCAGCUGGGAGAUGUGUCUAUCUUGCAGAUAACUCUGAAGGAGUUUCAGGUCAGAGUUGAAGAUUUGGAAAAGGAACGAAAACUGCUGAGUGACAGUUAUGACAGACUCUUAGAGAACAUGCUGGAUAGCAGUCAUCAGCCUCUGGAUAGCAGUCACCAGUCCCAUUGGAGCAAGGAGCUCACAGGGGAGCAGUUCCCACCGCAAGUCUGUCCACUGCUGGACCAAAUGGGCGCUGCGCUGGAGGAGACCAAAGUCUUGCUUCAAGCAACCAACAAAGAAGCUCAAGAUGGAAAGCUGAAGUUUCAAGACACCAACAUCCUUUACCAGCAUGAACAGGAAGAAGAGAACCUACAGUCAACAGCCACUGUACCCCCAUCUCCAGAAGAGCUGUCUGAACUGGCUGCUCAGGCCACUCUACUCCCACAGACAGAUCAGAGAGAGUCCAAUGAACCAAAAGCUCAAGACAAGAAUGAUCUAUCCCAGGUGCUAAGCGAGCUGCAAGUGUCACAUGCAGAGACCGCACUGGAACUGGAAAAAACCAGAGACAUGCUUCUUCUGCAGCGUAAAAUCAACAUGUGUUAUCAGGAGGAGCUGGAGGCAACGCUGACAAAAGCGGACAGGGAAAACAGGGACCACGAAGAGAAGCUGGAGAGGCUGACUCACCUCCUAGACUUCAAGAACAGCCGCAUAAAGCAGCUGGAAGGUAUUUUAAGAAGCCACGGCCUUCCAACAUCUGAGCAGCUCAAAGACAUCGCGUAUGGCACUCGGCCACCGUCGCUGUGUCUGGAGUCCCUGGCAGCCCACAGAGAUGAGGAUGAAGUGGACAUGUCUCUGCUGCAUCCAAGCGAGAAUCUUUUUGAGCUGCACAUCCACCAGGCCUCCCUGACCCCUGCUGCCCUCAUACAGGCUGGCGACACCCAACCUACCACUUUCUGCACUUAUUCCUUCUAUGAUUUUGAAACUCACUGCACCCCACUCUCUACUGGGCCCCAGCCCCUCUAUGACUUCACCUCCCAGUAUGUAGUGCAGACAGACUACCUCCUCCUGCACUACCUUCAAGGAUCUUCAGUACGGCUUGAUCUCCAUCAGGCCAUGGCUAGUGAGCACCAUGUCCUUGCUACUGGAUGGAUCUCACUUGACAAGGUGCUAGGGACCGUGGAGAGAGUCCACGGCUCGGCCACACUUGCUGGUAAGUCUGGUGAAGACUUGGGGGUGUUAGAAUACUGGAUGAGGCUGUGCUUGCCCCUAAAACCCAGCCUCCAGGCAUGCAGUAAGCGAAAGCAAGCCCAGGCCUACCUGUCAGUCAGUGUGCUUGGCGCUCAGAAGGCCCAGAGUGAUGAGUCCAGAUCCAAAACCUGGGCACCUCAGAAUGAGCUUCGGAUUGAGAUCACCAGGUGCUGCGGCCUCCGGAGUCGACGUCUGGGAAGGCAGCCCAGUCCGUAUGUCAUGUACCGCUUCUUCACCUUUCCUGACCAUGACACCACCAUCAUUCCGGCCAGCAGCAAUCCAUACUUUAAAGACCAGGCUCUGUUCCCCGUGCUUGUGACCUCUGACCUGGACCAGUAUCUGAGGCGGGAAGCUCUGUCUGUCUAUGUUUUCGAUGAUGAAGACCCAGAGCCUGGCUCCUAUCUUGGCCGAGCCCAGGUGCCCUUGCUGCCUCUUGCACAAAACAAAUCUAUCAAAGGUGAUUUCAAUCUCACAGACUCUGGGGAGAAGUCCAAUGGAUCCAUCAAAGUGCAACUAGACUGGAAGUCUCACUACCCACCCCCAGAGGGCUUCCAGAUGCCAGAAGCUGAGAAGCAGGAGGGUGAAGAGAAGGAGGAGGAAGGGGGAGAGGAGGAGGUAAAGGAGGAAGAGGUGGAGGAGGAGGAGGAAGAGGAAGAAGAGGAAGAAGAGGAAGAAGAAGAGGAAGACGAGGUAGAGGAAGAGAAGGAGGAAGAGAAGAAGGAAGAGAAGGAGGAGGAGGAGGAGAAGGAAAAGGAGGAGGAAAAGGAGGAGGAGGAGGAGGAGGAGGAGGAGAAGAAGGAGGAGGAGAAGGAGAAGGAGGAGGAGAACAAAAAUGUCCUGGAGGCUUCAUUCAUGGAAGAAUGGGCCUCUUUUCUUCCCCAGGACCAGAUAGCAUCUACAGAGAUUCCCAUAGAGGCUGACCAGUACCAAGAGAAGAGAAAACCUCCUGUAAUAGCAGAAAAGAAGGAAAAAGAGCAUCAGGUCGCAAGCUACUCACGAAGAAAACACAGCAAAAGACCAGGUGUCCAAGGCAAGAACAGAAUGGAGUAUCUGAGCUGUAACAUCUUGAAUGGAAACACACAGCAGAUGCAGUACAGGGAGUGGAAGUUCUCAGGGCUCAAGAAGGCCGAGGAUGGUGGUUUGAAAGUUCAGGACAAGAGAGAGGAACGGCCAUCACCCUGUUCAGCACUGAGACAGGAGCAUCCUUCACAUCCUAGAAAUGCCUUCUCCCUAGCAGAACAGGAAUCCUGUGAACAAGCUUCUGAAGUCAGUGAAACACAGACUCCCGACAGCGAUGACAUCAUAGUGACGCCCCAGGCUCAGACAUUUCCUAAAGCCGAUUCAGAGAAGAUGUGCAUUGAAAUCGUCUCCCUGGCCUUCUGCCCUGAGGCUGACGUCAUGUCGGAUGAGACUAUCCGGCAGGUCUAUGUGGAGUACAAAUUCUGUGAUCUGCCUCUAUCAGAGACAGAGACUCCGAUGUCACUGAGGAAACCAAGGGCAGGCGAAGAAAUCCACUUCCACUUUAGCAAGGUGAUAGAUCUGGACCCCGUGGAGCACCAAAGCCGAAGGCAGUUUUUGUUUGCCAUGCUACAUGCUCAAGAUUCUGAUGAGGGACGUUUAAAGUUUACAGUGGUAAGUGAUCCUCUGGAUGAAGAAAGAAAAGAAUGUCAAGAUAUAGGCUAUGCAUACCUUGAACUGUGGCAGAUAUUUCAAUCUGGAAAAGAUAUCCUAGAGCAAGAACUGGAGAUUGUGAGCCCUGGAAACCAGGCCAUCCAAAUUGGAAGGCUGAAGGUUUCCCUCCAAGCAGCUGCUGCCCUCCAUGGCAUUUAUAAGGAGAUGACUGAAGAUCUGUUUUCAUGA